AUGCUGUUGGCACGACAAGCUCUAAUUCUUCAUCUUCAGCACAACACGCCUUUCAUAACUGAGACUUCAAUAGCAAGUGUUUGGGACAAGCAUUGGAAAGAGUUCAUCGAUCGUAAUAUUCCCGCAUUUCUGGUGUUAACUGACGCGGAAAAUGUUCCAUGGAAAAAGACUGGAGAGACGAAAAUGCUUGAUGAGACAGUGGAAUUUUUCUUCCGAUGUCUUCUGUUACACUGUCUUGGACAAGGAUUGAAUUGUGUCUUUAUCUCAGGCGUCCAGAUGACCGCGACAAAAGUGAUGGGAUAUUACAACGAGUCCACGUAAGAACAUAGAUUAUUCUUCAGAAAGGUUAGAGGCGAGACUUUGUUAAGGAAUGUGAAAUAAUAAGACACCAAUAUUAGCAUCAGAGUUCGUGGCGUGAAGCAACAUCCGAAGCUUUUCCUACUUAUUAAGAAUGUUUAACCGAAUGCAAAAGUUGGACCAAAAUUAGAAUUUCCAGACUCUGUUUAAUGUUAUAGCUAAUACAUAAUACCUAAUACAUAUUAUCCCAAUACCUAGUAUUUGUAAGCACGAAGAUUAAUGUCAACAUGUUGUAAUUGUAUGUGAACAUUUAUUAUAUAAAAUUGUGUAAAAUUGUUUGUCAACCGUCUGGCUUGCCGCGAUUAGCUCUUCGCUAUUUGCAAGCUAGUUUAGUAAUACCCAUCUGAUGUGAACAAAUAAAACUUGAAUGAAUGAAUAGCUGAAUUUUUUUACGUCAGGAUUCUAAGCUAUGUUUGAAAGUAAUACAUACCGCGUUCCAAGUCUCCCUUUCAACAACUCAAGAGCUUGCAAAGCUUUAUAAAAAAUGAUUGACUCACGAAAAAACAUGGGGAAUACAGGUACCGUCAGUGUCACUCUAGAUCUACAAGGGUGAUCGUUAUAGGUAGUGAAAGAAUGGCUACUUUAGAAAAGCCCUAGAUAAUGAAAAGAAAAAUUUGUGUUUUUAUGGACUACAUGAUUUGAAAGCGAAAAGUUACUUAUCGUAAAAAGAUCUUGACUUCCCUAAAAUAACUUAUAUGUGCAUCAUUUCUUGUUCAUAGUAUGGUAAAGCAGUCCGUGAUACGUGGGAUUGGUUGAUGGGGUAUUGGCGCCGUCAAUGUACUCAGGAAAACAUCGCCGGAUGUGCAGUAACAGAAAAUCAGGUGUGCAUUGUGGCUAACCCUUUAAACCCUAACAUCAGUAUGCAUAUUCUCCAUACUGUUCUCUAUAAAUUUCCUAAGGUGCUGAUAAGGAGAAUUUGUUUAACAAUCAAGAACUUCUUAAAUUAGUCAUCAUUUUCUUAAUUCUCUUGACCUUAAUGUUUGAUUCAGGGGUGAUAUUGUAAGGAGAAAUUAGAUGCAAGUCACUCUUAGGGAUCAAAAGUUAAAGAGAUAUUCAUUUGCCACCUUACAUGUUCAAAUCUAAUUUAUCUUACUUUAUUUCCAUUGCUUGUCUUACCUCAGAUUGAUAUCCAGUCGGAAGUUCAAGUUGCUCUGCAAUUUCCACCACAAGGUGGAUGUCGGGAAGUUGCCACAAUCCUUGCUUGUGUGCAGGUCCUCUUACUUUUACUUCACAACGACAACAUUAGUAAGGCAAGUAACACACACUUGACAUGUGUUUUAAACUUCGAACUUAUUAAGAAGGUUUGUGCGCGAGUACAACGACAAUCUCAGUGUAAUUUUGGUUCCAUACAGGAUACGAUGAAGGCUGCCGAGGAUAAAGUCAAACUUUUCCUUCUUCAGUCUGCACUUCUUAAGAAACUUCCGUUGAAGUACAGAGCUCAUACCGUAAACAGUUCUUUGUUGGACGAAUUUUGCAAAGCGAAAGAUGGCAAAGUUUAUCCCUUUCACGAAGUAAGUAGAUGAGAUCAUUGUAACUUAACCUAACGUGGGAAUCACGUUAUAAUCCUUCCUCUAUCUUUGAAAUAGGUAUUGCGCUUUACAGACUGGCUUGACCACCAUGUAUUUCCCCCAAAAAAAUUAACAGUGACUAACAUCUAAUUAUGAAAUUCAAACAUUCCCACUGCCCUUACGCCCUCCCAUAUAAAAAGAGUAGAAAGGGUUUUUUUUGUCUUGAAAGUUUAGGUGCUAAAGAACACAACUGUCCUGAAAUAGGCGCCUCUCAUGUUUUCUAUCUGGGGUCGGUUCUGAGAGUCUACAUUUAUGUAGUCGUGUCUGAGAUGUAUUAGUUAAAGGCAGCUUGUUUAUAUCGUUUGACAGAUCCAUACGAGUUUAUGGCAGACUUUAAGGGUGAUAGAAUCAGUUUUGAGAGAUGCUUAUAAAGACGACAGUGCCGCGAAUGUAUUAGAUAUGACUUCAGUGGCAGAUCUAAUGGACGGACGCCUAGUCCAUACUCUCUUCUGGCUUAUUAUGAAACAGAUAUCCCAGGGAUCAAAAGGUCUGUUGUCAGAUAGAGUCUAAGACUUACUAACAAAUUCUUAAAACAAGCCGGUCAUUGAGAAAUGAUUUAGGUCUCAAUCAUUUUUUUUUCUGUUUUCUUGGCGUCACCUUUAAGCUAUGUAGCAAACUCUUUUUAAAACUUCAAAUUUAGUAUUAUGGAGCGUUAGCCCUUCCUCAGAGCGAUUGGGGGAAUUGUGGGUUGUGUGUGUGUUUAUGUGCGUCAUUCAUUCAUUUGUCACCACAUUCCCACUAAUAGCGUAGCUCCACUUUCUGCAUAUACUCUCACACCGACGCAGCACCACAGUUUCUUUAGAAACUUACCCCCUUUAUUCAUUUGUGUAAAACUUCGUCUGAUAAUUAAAAGCGGGUCUCACUCAUCUCAUGUCUAUCACAAACUUAGUGUUAUCUGGGAAAUAGAUGCUUCUGUGUUAAUUACCUUCAUUAAGGCCUACUUGUUUCAAGUAAAACAAGGUACAAUUGUUGUUAACAGGCCGCGUUGUCUUGCUAGAUGUAAACUGCUAUGAAUAUGAAAACAUAGCGAUCUUUCGCCCUUGGUCAUACUCCGUUCUUUCAAAGACUUCGAGGUAUAACCUUACGUACUUACACUACGUGUUUUACCAUAUGCAUUAGACCUCAGUCUACCUCAGGAUGUUAAACGAGAUGUUGAGUCUGCAUGGGAGAAAGUUGUCGCUCUUGUGAAUGGAUCAUGUCAUUCACAUUCUCUGGAAAGUCAAUUUUUUCCAUUGUUUGACGGAAGUUCUACAAGUCUUCAUCACGAGGAAAGUAAGUAACAUUCGACCUAGAUUUUCCAUUGUAGCUUUCUGCAUAUUAAAAACAAUCACUUGGAUUUGAAUGGUUCCUGCAUGGUUCUCGUCCCUUUCUUGUCUAAAAGAAAGUUUAAACUUUUGUCUUUCGGGAACAAAAUAGUUUGUAGUUCAAAAUGGAAAGGGAAAGAAAAUAUCAAAUUUGGUAGUUGCAAGUUUCAAUUAAUCUAGUUAAUUCAUUUUGUUAGAAUGAUAUUUUUAAAGGUACCGUCUGGCUCUGUCAGAAUCUUGACGGCCAUCUUCUGAAAUUAUCAGUGUUUGUUUCAGGAACAAAUCCUGAUCAAGUCUCCGGCGCGAAGCUCAAAAGGCUACUUGACGUUGGAAGUGUUCUUGUGAAUGAGUAUGUUGGUGAUACUAGAUCAAGAAUUAAUGCCAUGGCUGGGUAAGAACAUGCAACAAUGUUUACGUCGUUCAAAGAACCCUGCAUGUUUUACUUAGUUGCGUGAGAAAAUACGCUCUUCAGAGAAGGCUUUUCAAUUUUCUCCUUUUAGAGACGAGACCGAAGACGAAGUGUUACUGAUUGGCAAAGAAUUUGACGAGCAGUACCACUGGCAUUCUCUCAGGCCACUAUCUGAUGAUUACGACAGGACAAAGCAGUCUUUUACAGGUGAGGCCAUACUCUUAAAAAAUUGUCGUUCCUGAUUGGUCGAUGAAGAAUAGAUAAACAGAUUAUAGGGUGCAUUACGGGAUUUCCGCCCUGCACUCUUCCGAAAUUUAAGCUUUUAAAGAUGAAUAAAAAUAAUUUCAUUUAUAAAAAUUUUCGGAAAAAAUUAAGAAUGGUUUGGCAGUAACAAUAAUUGUGUGAAAUGAUCAAUCAAAAAACUAGCGAGCACAUUCUGAACAAUACCCCCAAACACGUACAAAUUAAAAUAGUGCCUAUUGCAAAUUUUUUUGAGAAAAGAAUUAACCAAAAAUUGCAAUAGCUGCUCAAGCUUUUUGUAAUUAUCAGUUAAUCAUAUUGCUUUAAAAAGUUUUCAAUCGCACUCGUUUACAGUUCGUGAAAUUACGAAAACUUUCAAAACAUUACUCACGCCCAUAAAUCAAGAAAUGUAUUCGCGUUCAUACGACUUCUUAUACUUAACACUGAGGUCACUGGAUUUAACAACUUGACAGUUUUACUUGUCAUAUUGAGCUUUUUACUUUACCUUUUACGUCCAACUUCUUUCUUAAGGAAUUUUUAGCUGGAAAAAACCUUUACAAACUACCGUAAGCCAUUUGUUGCAAACUAUGAACUAAAAAUUUCACUAAUUCGUUCUUCAGAUAAGCCUCCGACUGAUCCCAAAGAGAGAAAGUGGUAUUUCAAACAGAAGAUGAAGUACGUUCGCUACCAAAGAUUUUACGGAAACUCUCUUGUUGGUGGUGUGGACAAAGCGAAAAUUAUAACCGUCAAGGAAGAGGUCGCAAAGAAGAAAAAAGGAAAGAACAAGGAUGGAAAGAUGGUGGGAAUCUUUGUUAUUAUCAAACUUUAGUUUAAAUUUUUUGCCCCAAUAGUUUUUUGUGUGAUCAGCCAGAUUCAACUGAGGAAAAUUACUUUUUGCAGGGAGAAAAAGCGAAACGAAUCAUCGAACAGAACGAUAAAAAACGCAAAGGUUUGUCGCUUAUAUAAUUGAUAUUAAGAUCGUAUCACGUACUUCUCUCAAAAUAAAGGUUUCAAUUUGUGGAGUUAAAUCAUUAAAAUAUUUUGAGCACAUCUAAAGUACUGUAAUUGGGCAACACAAUGAGAAUUUCACAUGGUAUCUUUACCACAUUCUUAGGGCAUAAUAUGAAGGUUGACGUGGCUGAAUAUGGGAUUGAACAAAUUAUUGAGUUCUUCAAUCAUGUCCUUAGCAGUCGCGCUUCUUUGUAACUCGGAUCAGUAAUCAGUUACUCAUGGUUUGUUGAAUACCGUUUUUCCUCGAAUAAGCGCUUAGGCACUUUCUAAAAAAUUCUGCUUAAAGAAGGGGCGCUUAUUAACAGGAGGGCGCUUAAUCGAAGGGGGGGGUGGGGGAGGGGGGGGUGCGCAGCAAAAGUACAAAAAUUAAAAGAAAAGAUGACGCACAUUAAGAACUUUGCAAGCAUAUGGAGAUGCAAAUAACUGGAACAGAAAAGGAAGCAUUGUCCUGUACUUAUUCCGUCGUAGCUGAAGCUUACAAAGUUAUAUCAUGAAGUGGCAAUAGAAAAAGGUUUUUCUAAAAUAAGUGAGGAAGGAUUGGGGGGGAGGUUAUUCGAGGGGGGCGCUUUUUUGAAACGAUGGCCUUUGGGUGCGUGCUUAUUUGAGGGAGUGCGCUCAAUAGAGCAUGGAUGCUUAUUCAAGGAAAUACCGUGCGGCAUUUGUUAAAUGUGAAAGUUUGAACUAAGUUAUUCAGCUUUCAAUAAGGCGAACUUCUGGUGUAUAGUAUAGGUUGUAAUAAGAAAAAGCAGGGUAUGGACGGCAAAAGUUUGGCGAAAGAUUCUUCAUGAGGAUUUGUUCACCCGCUUCAAAAUUACCGUUAGGGAAACUAUCGAAAACAUGUCGUUUUUUACUCAAAUUUUCCGCAGACGAAGAAAGAAAAAAAGAUCACGAAAAAUGGAACAACUUUCUUAAAGACAUUGACAACAAUCUGAAGAAGGAUAAAUUCAGCACUGUUUUGCAGUUAGUCGAUAAGUAUCUUGAAGAUUGCAAAACUCCCGAACUUCAUCUUCAAGCGCUGAUGAAAAAGGCCCAAAGUUGCCUUGGAGCCUGGCAGCAGACAAGUAGGUGAAAGAGAAAAAAGUGAAUCGCUUUCAUAAUCUGUUGACGUUUCUGAGGCCCCAUAAGGGGGGUCUGAGUAUCCCGUAUCCCAUUAAUUCUUGUGGUUCGUAUCCCUAUAAUACUAGUUACCAUGAUGACGUCAUUGAGCGUGAUAUGUUUUGGUACUUUAUAAAAAAAAACACAUUUUCCUGGGGCGUUUCGUAUUUCAAAUAUUUGUUCCCUCGGUGGUCUGUUGUCGCACGGCUCUACUGUUGUUGUUCAGGUCUAAUAUUUUGGUCCAUCGUAAACUAAGGGUUGGAUUUGAGAUCUAUAGCACCCUCCCAGUAUAAUUUGCACUUCGUAAUCAACAUGCUAAAGUUCGGAUUGGCGAAGCUCUUUUGAUCUACACGAUUUGAAAAACAAACUGGACUGCCGGCGAUUUAGUGUUGGUUUUCCUUGACUGGCUGUCGGUCAAUUAGCCACAUCAUUUUAAGUUGUUUUUUGAACUAAAGAUAAACUGAACUGAAACUAUGUACCGUAAAUAGUAACAUUCAACUCAUUCUUGUCCUGGAGAAGCGGUAAACAGGUAAGGAAUUGCUUUUGUUCAUCUGUAUCUAUUGCAAAAACUCGGUAAAGGGGAAAUUCUGGCUCUGGUGUAAAUCGCUUGCACUGAAGCUCUAACUUGUAAGUUCUUUCGCUUGUUGAUCUAAUCCUUAGACACUUAAGGCCUGAAGAAAUGACUGAGAAAUGAGGUCCUUAGGAAUUACCAUUUCAUUACGGGUUUUUCCUCUCCUUUGUAAAUACACGCUGUGACCUCGUGAAGAAUUUUCAAGGCCGUCAUGAUCGAAAUGACUACAAAUGAUAAAAAAAGCAAUCGCACGAGCCCAGUGUGAGGUCACAACGCGCGAAAGUGGCGCGAAAUGGAAAAAGCUGUGGGGGAGGGGGGAGUUGUUCUGGGACAAGAGCCGAUGUUGGCACCUAUUGUCAAACUGACAAUAUUUAAUGGAAAAAUGUAAAAAAUACUCGCAUUUGAAAGUAUUUUUUUCACUAUUUGUGCCAUCUAUAUUGACUAAUAAACUUAUUUUAUUCUUUUAAAAAAUGAGAACUUUGAUCUUCGAUAUCCUAGAACCUUUUUUUAAACAUCCCGUAUCCCUUAAAUUUUCCGCCCAAAUAUCCCGUAUCCCUAUAAUUUUUUUACUCAAGUAUCCCGUAUCCCGAUAACCCCCAAAAGGGCCUCGUUUCUCCAUAAACUUUGUCGCCUAGGUAAAGUAGGAGAAGGAAAUUUGAAAAAUGAGAGUUAUAUUUAUCAAUAAGUAAAAGAACGUUUGACAGUUUGUCUCAUGAAUUUUAAGAGUAAGGCUAAUAAACCGUGUAUUGACAUGCUCCUAAAGAGGAACGUGUCCUGUUUCAUUGGCGUGUUCUGAAACCACCGAAUUCUGAGUACAAGCAGUAUGUAGCUCUUAUUCAUGUUUUUUUCUUUCAUCACUCUCCCGUUUUCCCCGAUGUGUAUUCCGGAUCACUUUUCAUCGUCAAGUUUGAGUAUAUAAAAAAAUUACCCAAACCAAACUGCAGCCAAUUUUAUUUUGUAGGAGCUGCUGACGCUGGAUCUAAUGACAUGAAAUAUCCUGUCCUGUUACUGAAGAGUGUUCAGAAAAUGGCUGAAGACUUCCACAGCCUUCUUACCGACAAAGAAAAAAAGAAAUUGGCUGGAUUUAUGCGGAAGCUAGGAUUCGAUGACAUCGCAGCCACGCUUUACGAUCUACCGGAAGAAAGUGAAAGAAAAGUGCGUAUCGUCAGAUAAAACAAGCUUGGCUUUAUGCUAUUUCCUUCUCUGUAUCUAAUAAUCAGGAGAUAAAUAGUGUUAUGAAAUCUUAAGACGUCAGUGCUACAGCGCACUCGUAUACUCAAACAUAUCACAAUAUGAUGUCCGCUUCUGGUGCACAUACCGUUUUUUAAGUAAUCUUGGAAUUUAAGAUACUGCCUCAACAUUGUGCCCCAACUUGAGACACAAUUGUUGAAAGUGAAUGAUUCUAACAAAGCUGUGGUGACAAAUUCCCGCAGAGACGUGGAGGUAAAGUGGUCAACUACCGCUAUUGUUCACAGUGACUCCUAGGAGAGUUUACUCGGAGGGCUAUUUAGUGUGAGAAAUCUCACUUUUCCGUGUUUCCAUAGCUUUAUCUGAAGAACUAAAGAAGGGGACUGCUGAAUUUUAAUCAGCUAUACUCACGUUAAACUGAAAUGCAGUUAAGGGCUUGCUUAAGUUCGAGAAUUCUCCCUGCGUUCUACGUGUUUAGAUGAGGGUAUCUAAACACGGACAAAGCCCCUUAUUGCUUUGAUAAAAUAGUUUUGCGAAAUGCACGCGAAUCUAAAAAGCCGCAACCGUGUUUACAUACUCUAAACUUGACAAGCCUAUUGACUAAUGGGAGUGCGCGUAACACCUCAAUUAUUUCAUAAAAGUCCACUGUUUAACUCAGGAUUUAAGUGAAUUCCUCUUUGGUCUUCUGACUAUUUGAGCACAAUUUAUCACCUAAGGCUCAACAGCUAUCGGUCCACACUACAAGCGCAAGAUUCCAACUUGACUGCAUGGGCCAUUUACUCAAGCGGGAAACAAGAACUGAUCGUGACUCAAGGGUCGACCACUUCAUUCCAGAUACAUGGCAGGUAUUAUAUAUUUUUUUCACUGCAUAUAAAUACGAAAAUCUCUCGAAACAAAUCGUAGAGGAGAAGAAUAGGUGGUUAAGUUCAGUGAAGAAAAGUAAUUGAAAUGCUUAAAUGCUUGAAUUUCAGUGGAGGCAUUUUCAGAAAAGGACCAACAAAAUCUCCCCCUGUGAAUUUCGCUUUCUUCUCGUUGUGGUUUUCUAUUCAUUUUCUUAAUUUUGUGGUUAUUCAAAUAUUUUCCAGCGUGAACUUCUUGAUGCUGUGGACAAGAACGAGUCAGCAGUAAUAGUGGCACCCACCUCGUCGGGAAAGACUUUUGCCUCAUACUACUGCAUGGAGAAAGUGCUGACUCAAGACAAUGAUGGUGUGGUGGUCUAUGUUUCCCCAACAAAGGUAUAACGUUACCAGUUACAGCCAUUUAGUUUAUCAAGUUCUCUUGAAUUGAUCCUUAAUGGCUGACGACCCUGUCUCGUCACAUGCAGCUGUGGUUUCGUGCACCGGAUCUGGCGUAGACUGAUUUUAUGCCUCACUAUGGCAUCUCGUCUAAGACGUGUUAAAGGAUGUAACGUCUGUAUGGUAUGGUGACAAAUAUCUAAUACUUAUCUUAAAGUUAUUCUGGUGUCUGGAUUAUGUAGGUAUUAAUAACUGAUGCAUUGAUCAUUUAGGCCUUAGUGAAUCAAGUUGCUGCUACAGUUUACGCUCGCUUUCAUCGUAAACAGCUUCCAGAGGGAAGGGCGGUGUAUGGUGUUUUCACGAGGGACUAUCGAUUCAACACGUUGAACUCUCAGGUAAGCAAACGUGACAAGCAACACUCCAGACAAGAAGGAAUCUCAUAAUUUCUGAGCAAAAAAAAUACACAAAGUCAACGACAAACAACAUUUGUAAUGAGUUAUCUUAACAUAAUGCAAUUAACAUGAAUUCUUCUAUGGAAUCAUUCUCUGAUUGAAAACUCGUUCAGUUGAUAUUGUACUAUUCCCCUUUUGAAAUUUCUCUCCAUUUGGCUCGUGAAUUUAAGUUUAAAUCGGUCUUAUAGAGUAACUUUUUCAGUUUUGUCUUUUGAUUUCCUGCAGAUCCUUGUUACAGUUCCUCAAUGUUUGGAGAUACUUUUUCUCUCGCCUCGUAGACAGGAUUGGACAAAAAAUGUUAGAUACGUAAUCUUCGAUGAGGUAAAAUAAUUGAGAACUUUUCUGAAAGUAAUUUUUGCAUAAUUACUUUUUAAUUUUUCCUAAUGAAGUUUCAGCUUGGAGGGAUAGAAGGUCUAUUCUCCCUAGAGAUACAAGGCGAAAAUAGUAAGAGUUGCUUUGAAGUCGUUAAAAUGUUUUUCCAGAGAUUCGAGGUGACAAAAGUUUACUUUUCAAGCUGAAUAAACUUUCUGGUAUCGUUUAAAGCCAAUAAGAGAAGAUUACUGCUUCACCUGCGCACUCACUUAGGCUAUAUCUUAGCCGAAAUUUCUCCCUUAUCUUUAAAAUGCAGGUUCACUGUCUUGGUCAAGAGAUAGGAGCUGAAGUCUGGGAGCAUCUUCUUCUUCUCAUUCGCUGUCCUUUUCUGGCGCUCUCGGCAACCAUUGGAAAUCCAGAUGACCUUACAAGGUACGAAUUGUUGCAAAGUGUACAAAAUGUGUACUUAAAAUAAAAGCUAAGUUUUUUGUUUGUCUCACGAUAUAGUCACGUGUGAUCGCGACGUUUCGACUGCAUACUGCUAGUCUUUUUCAGGCGAUAAGGUCGACUGGUCAUGUACGAUCUUAUACAGCAUGAUGCUCUGCUGCGAUUAGUUGAUUUUUUUUCAACAGCUCCGAUUGGUGCAUUUCGAUCCUUGCUGUUUCACUCAGUGAUUUGCUUCCUCGGCGGUCCGCUGUCGCACGGCUCUCCUGUUGUUGUGUUUUUUGAUCGUGGACAUCCACGUUUCUGGAAUUUCUAUUCCACUAUCCCUGUUGAUGUUGUCAGGGUGAAGUCUUAUAUGAAUUGCCUCUCUGACCCUGCGCGUGUAGUAAUAAGGGUCACGAUCAAUUAACUUUACUUCGUUCCAGAGUGGCUUGUGUCCGGUGUUGUGGGCUAGCUCUGAAACGACGGAGGUCUCGGUAAGGGCGAGUCGGGUGUCUCGAUCGUGCUCCUUAAUUCUGUAUUGCAUAGGUCUUAUAGUCUCUCCGAUGUACACCAUGCCGAAUUCACAGGGAAUCCUGUAAACUACGCCAUCUUGUUUAGCAAGGUUGACAGCGUCUUUUGGUCGUACUAACUGAGAUCUUAACGUAGUCUCCGACUUGAAAACAGUGCGUACGUCUUGUUGUUGUAGGCAACGGCGAAGCUGUUCGGACACCUCCUUUGACAUAAGGUAAAACCGCAGUAGCUUCGAACUCGUUGGCGGGUUCGGCGCUGUUGUUUGGUUUUCCGGUCUUGGUAAGUUUCUGCAAGAAAGAAAAAGAAAAAAGAAAGGAAAAAAAUGUGUACUAUUGAAUCCUACGAAAUUUUCCCAUUACGGCGAUAUUAAAACGAUGUUAACGUGUAUAAGUUAGUCGUGCAUUUUCAAAGUAAAUCAUGAGAAGAAUCAUAUGUCAUUGGUUUUGUAGGUGGUUGCAAGCCGCUCAAAACUUUCGAGAGCAGCAAGACAAACAAGAAAAUUGCCCGAUGAGGAAGUCCUACAGAAUCAGACUAGGUUAGGCGAAGAAAUGAAUUUGUUGCUUCAGAGAGCAAUAGGAAAGUCUUUCGAUGGUCUUUCCAAUCUGCAAUGCUUGAGUUUGCGCAUUGGGGUUGACUCAAAGCAAAUAGCAAGUCAAUUCAACCUUAUCUAGAUAAUUAGGUUUGCAAAACGGCCUAUGAGACGUAGCGAACUGACCUAAGACGUUGGCGAAACGACCUAAGACGUUAGCAAACUAAUCGUUAUCAAAACGUCCGCAAUUAUUACAACAUAUUGAUAUUGUAAGGAAAAUUCUUUUUUGGUUAUUCCUGAGAGUGAGAUGGUCAACGAAGGUCAUCCCCAUGCCACACAGUUGGCUAAUAACAUAUUUCUGGUAUAUUUUUAGUUACGUUUCAUGAACGAUACUCAGAUCUGGAAAAGAGUGUAUACCUUCCGAGUCCUAGCAAUGGUGGAUUUUCUGAGGAGACCAUGCAAUACGAGGGUGUUUACGAUGUCAAAACUACAAGAGAGUUUGUGAGACUUCACCCUUGUGCUCAGCUUGGAGCAAAACAGGUGAACGGUCUAGAAUAGAACUGCCAUAGUUCAGCUUGAAGAGAAUAUCCGUACGUUUACUAAUAUACUGAAGAGACCUACGAAUUCGCAAAAAAAAAGAAAAGAAAUGGAAACUUACCAAACGUAAGGAUUCUAGGUCCAUGAGUUCUCAAAUGUAAUUUUUUGAUAUUGGUUUAUAUUCACCAUACUUAUAAAAGAUAUAGAAACUAUAAGGUAAAUAUAUCAUUUACAUUGAUGGAUAAAAAAUUAAUCAUCAUAAAUGCUUUCUGAUAUUAAAUGAAAGUCUCCUACGAUAACUUACUUAUCGCUUUUGUAACCUCCGUAGGUUCAAUCUUACAACUGUAUCUUUUCUGCAGUUCCUAUGAUACGUAUUUUAGAUCUUUUGCUUCCAUACCUCUUUCAGUAAUAUUUUUUGGCUGUUUCCAAUUAGCUACAAGAGAAUUCCUUCCCAAGGGAUAUGGAUUUCACCCCUCAAGAAUCUCUACAACUUUUUGACGUCAUGGCUAUGCACUGGCCAAACAAAGAAUCCUUGCAGGUAAGUUGGUAGCUUUUAAAUAACAAUCAAUCUUACACAUUACAGUUGCAUGCCUGAAGCUGUAGAUAUUAGUCGUAACAAAGGCUAGGUCGCAUCGUUCUGGGCGACUUUUAUUCUUGCAAAGCUGAAGUAAGACUAGAUUCUACAAAGUCUCAAAUAAUGAUGUUUUCAUACUGAUAGCCCAAAAAAUACCGCGACUCGGUGACCGGGGCUUAUUAUUUUGUGUUUUCUUUAAAGAAACUUUCCCCCGAGAGGUACUUCGAGGAAAAUAAGUUCAUUGACAAGAGCUGCGCACGACAGUACGAGAAGGACCUGAAGAGAGAAUUCAAGUCUUGGGCCGAUGAAAAACAUCUUGAGAAGGUGAAGGGAAUCUUGCUAAAGGAUUCGUGGCACAGUGUUUGUGAUGUGGUUACAAUGUUUGCCAUUGCUUUGAUAAACUAAUUUUUUUUGACGCUGAUUUAAGCCCUAUUAACCUUAGCCUUUAGAGUCCUUGCUUUCUGUUUAUCACUCCACGUUAUUAUUUAAACGAUAAUUUAAGGUAUUCGUGUCCCUAGUAACAACACGAUUGUGUAACCUGACGUCAGCGAGACACAAAUCUGUUAAAUUCUUUGCAUGAUUUCUUCGUUGUAUCAGUGAUACAUUAUACGGGGGCCCCACGGAUGCCCUGGCCCAUAAGAGGUACGAUGUUUAGGUGAAAUAACAUUUUAAAGGCAUAAGCUGGUAUUUUCUACAGCUCUUCAUAUUAUUUCUUGUGAAUUGUAUCUCUACGUUCUAUACUCUUGGGCUCGCAAAAUUAACUGAUUUACUAACUUUAGUAUAAUUUCUGCUGUUGUUUUUAUCAUCACUAUCAAGUUUUUUUUGGUUGCUUCAGGUUCAAGCCGUUAUACAGUCGCUGAAUUCAGUUUUGCUGGAGAAACAGGCCUCGACUGAAGAGGAAUGGACACAGCUUGGAAUGGCUUCGUUGGGAAAAGUUUUCAUUUGGAGCAAUUUCCCAAAGCUCGUGGAACAGCUUAAGGCUCAAGGAAAACUACCCGCUCUUGUUUUCAGGUAAUAUACAAACUGUUUCAUCCAAGGAAAUGAAUUUUCGUUCAGUGACAUGCGUAACAAGGGAUUAAGGUUUAACUUUAAUUCGGUUUUAAAGUGUCAGCCACAAAAGGCAAAUGACGAUCAGAAUGUCAGUUGGGACGAUGCACAUAAUUUGGACUCAUUCUCCGAAAAUAAAAUGCGAACGUUCAGAACAAAUCACAAUUACAUAACGAAAAUUCAUGAUAUGUGAGAGGUAUAUAAAAAAAAAAAACUAAGUAAAUACCGGAAAAGAUAUCUCGCUCAGUGGGCGUUGUUAUGAUAUCACUCUGUUUUUAAUCAGCUUUGACCGCAUUUUUUAAGAAGAG